CUAUAGAUUUGGCAGCAGCGGUGGGCUCCUAAUGAAGACACACAAACGCACAGCCGAACACCGGUCAAGUUGUACACUCCCUUCUCAGUUGAUGCACUUGAAUCACCUUGUUUGUGCCCAAAACACCAAGAGCAGCAUCCAGACAUACUUCGAUAAACACCCGCUGCCCGUCUCCGCCAGCGCCCUCACCUUCACCCACAUCUUGAUGAGCCACCCUGCAGACAAGGCCCGCAGUGGCGCAAACAAGUCAAGGACUUUGCAAUCCGCGUGUAUAUCAGUUUGUUACCCAGCAUGUGUACGGCUCUCGACGAAUGAAAGUAGGCCCGGAGGAGGUGGGAGUUGUGGAUGCCCAAAGGAUUGUUGAAAGUAAUCUCAACCUUCCCAUGGGCAUCCCCCUAGCCAGACAUGAACGUACACACAGAACACGAGAGGCCACACAAUGCAUUUAUUGUGCUUGUCGGCACUGUAUGGUGUGUACAUGUCGCAGCGUGCAGCGCACGAUGGGAGUUCGCGCGCGACUGAUGGGCACCGUCUCCAU